CGGGCCGGGCUUGAAAUAAAUGGGCAGGAGAUCUUUCUCCUUUUUAAUGCCUUUAUUAAGAAGAAUCAGCUCAGGUGGGGAGAAAUCGACGGGUUGCGCCCUCGCCGCCGCUGCUCCCAGGCGUGGCACAGAGGAGAAGGAGGAGGGUGAUGCAGCUUUGUCCGCUGGUCUGCAGGCAGAGCUGGGGAUUCCGUCCUCACGGGAGAUUAGCAGAUUCCUGCUUGUUUGUCAAACACCCCGGGGCGUCUCUUUAAUCAACAUCUUUUCAGGUUAGGGUGAGAAGCAAAAAGGAUCCAAGCAGGUACGGGACUACGCUCCCAUCCUUAGACGUCACUUAGGUCACUUGUUGGCUCGUGAUUUUAGGGGUUUUUCCUGGGAAAACUGUAAAAAUUCGGGGCACGAUGCAUUUCUCAUCUGCAUACUGGCUCUGAUGUCACUCCUAUUUUCCUCAUACCUGGAGGGUCUGUCCCGUGUCCCUCCCUGGCAAGCGGCCAGCAUCAGGGGGACAAUGGUUAAUCACCGGCCAUUAACAGGUAAUUGAAGAACUCUUCUUUCACAGUGAAACUAACUUACAGCAACUGGUCUGACUUGUUUUUAACUCUGCAACCUAAAAAAAAUAUAACUUUCUAUUCAUAACAGGGCUCCUUUCCCCGGGCCUGGCCCAGCAGGUACCGGGCAGGAGCUGGGCGCGCUGUGGCUGUGAAGAUUCUUGUGCUCAAAUCCCACCCCCAGCACGGCUGAAACCCAAACCCCUACAGCCCACAGCCCGUACAGAGGAACCCCACGGCCGAAAUUAAACCCAGGAAAAACAAAGAGCAACCGCAAAACCAGUCCUAACACAGUCCCAGCUGCAGCUCCCCGUGACCUUCGUUCGCACAGUGGGUCUUUAAACAUCAUGCUGACAGCUCAAGGACUUGCAGAAAUCGUGCUAAUCUCAAGAAAGGAAAAGCUUCCAGGAUGUUUCUCAUGUCAGCAAGGGCCUGAGGAAGCCCCCAGCACCAGCAGGAGAUUGGGAUAACUGCAAGGCUGGUUUCUGGAGCAGAGGGAGCAGGGUGUGCUCCUCAAAGCCAGACCUUCACCCACAGCAGCCAGAAGGCAGAAAAACAAGGAUCCAACAAAGCCUUAAGUGGGGAAAGGGUUAUUAUCAAGGGUUUUCUAAGGAAAGAAGAAGGUCUGGGAAACAGGACCUGGAAGGUGAGAGAGGAAGGAAAACGGGAGGCAGCUGAGGCCUCUUCAGAUUUGAAAAGUGAAGAGAAGGGAGGAGAUGGGAGGAGGAAAGAAAAGGCUGGAACUAAAUUCUAACUCAGCUGGGGCUGGGCUUAAAGGUAAUAGAGGGAAACUGUAAAAAGAGGAGACUUCUUUAUAGUAGCAAAGUACUGGGAUAAAUUCCCAAGAGAAACUGGGAAAUCUCUAUCAGCAGCAGCUCUCGGCAAAGAGGUCAGGAAUCCAUUCCCCAUGCCAAAGCCAGGCUCAGGGGGCUGGGCCAGACAACAUCCCUGGCUUGAUCCCACCCCUGCUUUCCAAAAAUUGCUGAUAAAUACAAUUGUGCAUUAACACAGCAAAGUCUUUCCUUCACUUCUCAGGCUUUGAGAUGCCUCAGGUUGAGAUGCAAACCCUGCUCCUACCACUUUGUUGUGCUCAGACUUUCCCCCUUUACCCAAUUUCUUGAGCAACCAACAGCUCAUAGGUAGCCAGGCAGGCCAGGGGCUUUUCCACAGCUUGUUUCAGGCAGAAAAGGAAGGGAAGGAGAAAAAAAAAGUAAAGAAAAAAGAGGACAAAAAGGAGGCUGUCCUGGAAAGUGCAGCCUGGCAACCUCCAGACAAUAAAACACAAAGCACACAGACAGCUCCUUGCAAGUGGGGGCUCACAAGCACCUCCAGAGGGCUGGUGGAGAAUAGCUCUUCUUAUACAUCUCACCACAGCCUCAUCCCCAGUGUGGGCUGUUUUCCUCCACAAAAUCCAUAGGUGUGUGCUUGCAAUGGAAGUUGCUAAACAACUGCCUGAAAAAUACAGGUGGGAAAGGGGGCAUUUCUGCCUUAGAGACCAGCUUAGGGGAGCUGGCUUAAAAAAUACAUACGCAUAUAUAUAUAUGUACACAGACACGUGAUCUGUAUGUCUAGUCCAAAACCAGGGCAUUAAAUAUAUAUUUAUAUAGCUCCAAACCUUUCAGACCCCAAAAUUAACUGAGCAGAAAUGAUUUUUUUUCUUAAAAUUGUCUGGUUUUUAACAGUUCACACAAGCAGCAAUCACAUACUCCCCUUGCUCACAGGGCAGGUGAUUGGCUGCUUUGCAGGAAUAGAAAUCAUCUCCUAAGGAGACCACAGCCGAGGCUCAUUAGGGUCAUUAAAGCUCAUUAGGGCCCUCAGGUACAUACCUGGGGCCUCUUGACCCACACAGCCCCAGGAAAUCUCUCUGUUCAGGGAUUUUGGAGACUUUUGAGUGCCACCAGUACAAUCAUGUGGGAAGUGCUCACUCUCCUGCAGUUUUUCUCUGUGAGGUAAGGAUUGAUGGAGCUUGUUGGUAGAGUCAGGCCUUUCCCUGCCACUGCAAUGGCAAAAAGGGAGGAGAAGGCAGGAGAAGAUGCUGGGGAUGGGGUGGGGGGAACUUUUGGAGCUGAAGGUCAUUUAGAAGAGAAGGAAAGUGAGGUUUGCAAGCUUUGGUGCAGCAGCCCCUGUCACUUCCAUCCUGGCGAGUGCAGCCUGGCCACCCUUUGCCAAAGUCCACCCUGAUGUCACAGCUCAGUGGCAAGGUCCCUGCGUGCCUCUCUGACCUGGGCAUGGUGACCCGGGCACUCUGACUGCUCUGCUCUGCUCUGCCCGUGGGUUUUGGAGCUGCCACAGCAGGUCCAGCAGCCAGGUCCCUUCGCUGGCCAGACGUGGGAGAUCACAUUUCCCUGGCGUGGGACACGAGGGGCUGGAGGAGCACCCAGGAUUCCAGCAGCACUGAUUUUAGGACCAUCCAUCUGCCCACAGGUGUCCAAAGUUCCAUAAGGCACCUUUCCAAGAGCAUGGCAACCCCAGAUGGAUUUGAGAAGAAUGCUUCACAAAGCUUUUAACUCCCUCUGGGUUCUUCUGCUUUAUUGUUUUUCACAGAUUCUUCCAGUGACAGAAGGAAGAACCAGGUUUGGAGAAAGAAAAGCCAGGUUUUCUCCCAGUUUUUCACAUCCUAAUCCUGGAAAGCUUUGGCAGCCAGACCUAAACAACCAACCUGCCAAAGUUCAGCUCCACUUUGAGGCCUCCUUAUCAGCAGGGAAUUUGCUGCCUUCUUUCCAGCCCAGGAGCCUGUAUCAGUACCGGUACUCCCUGGCUGUCCAGCUGCAGCACAGCUCCACACCAUCCCCGUGGGGAGCCCGCCUGCAGGCUGAGGCUCUGAUCCGGCUGCAGCCGCUCUGGAGGGACCCGGGCGUGGAGGAGCUGCUCCAGCUGCAGAUCCAUGACCUGAAGGCUCUACACCACCCAGACGAGGAGAGGAGCCAGGACAGCACCAGAGGCUCCCCUGCAGACAUUGCACUGAGCUCAGAGGCACAGGCAGAGCUCCAGCAGCCAGUGUUCAUCUCCUGGAACAGUGGGAAGGUCAAAGCUUUCUAUGGGAACGAGGCAGAAAACGUCUUGAUCUCCAACCUGAAACGAGGCAUCACCAGUCUGUUCCAGCUUCAGCCCCAUGCUGGCACCACAGUGGAGGAAGAUGCCUCUGGAAGCUGCCAAGUCACCUACACCGUGUCCAACCAUUCCAUCACCAAGACCAAAGAUCUCCUCAGCUGCUCGAAGCCAAAGUCUGGAUUCAGCUCCACAAACAAAAUUUUUGGAGUGGAGUGGCAGCCCUCCAGUAGAACCCAGUACAUGGUGAAGAACAACCUGCUCCAGUCAGUCCUGGCAGAGGAAAGCCACGUGGUGGCUCCAGCCCUGAGAUCCCGCUCCGGCAUCAAAAUCAGUUCCAGGCAGCAGCUCCAGCUGGUGUCUCCUGCAACGCCUGGGCCAGCAGAGGUGUCUGGACAGAGCCUUAAGGAUGUGCUGGCUGGCACGGGGGCACGGCCCCAGCCCCUGGGCAUGGCCAGCCUGCCCUUCAGGAGGGUCUGCACCCACUGCCCAUCGCUGAGAGCCUUCCUGAAGGCUUUUGACAGGCAGAGAGUCAGAACAGACACCUCGAAGGUGGCAACAACCUGGCAGUUCCAGAGGUUCAUCCAGCUGCUGCGCAGCGCCAAGAAGAGGGAUGUGCUGCAGCUGCUGAGGAGGGCGCCCGAGGAGACGCGCCCCUUCCUGGUGGAGGCAGCGGUGGCCACGCAGUCAGUGGCUUCCUUGGCAGCGCUCUCAGACUUCCUGGACUUCAGCCAGGAGCCCAAGUCCCUCCUGGAGAAGUUUCUCUACACAGCAGCUUUGUCUCCCCGGCCUUCAGGAGAGCUUCUCCACCUGGUCCUAGACAAGCUGGAUGGGAAGCAGCUGGCACCUGAGAUCUGGGAGACAGGAAUAGUUGCCGUGGGCUCUCUGGUGGGCAAGCUGUGCCAGCAGAAGCUCUGUGGGCUGCAGGUGGUGGAGCGUGGGGUGGAAACCAUCCUCAGGGGGCUCAGAGGUGCCGAGCAGGAGCCCCAGGUGGUGAUUUCCCUGCUGGCCCUGGGGAAUGCGAGGCUCCCCGGGACCAUCCCCACCCUCCUGGAGCACGCCGAGGACGGUCCCACGGCUGUCACCGCCGCAGCCACCUCUGCCCUGCAGCGAUUCCCCGCGCCCCACAUCUCCAGCAAGGUGAAGCGAGUGAUGAGGAGGAUUUUCCACCAGAAGAGGAAGGGUUAUGACAAAACCUGUCGCCUGGCGGCUGCAGAAAUCCUCCUGGACAACCACCCCCUGCCCAUGGAUGUGAUCAACAUCCUGCUGGCCACCAGCGAGAUGGAGACAGAGGUGGCCACAUUCCUGCUGCUCAAAGUCCAGAACAGGCUGCGUGACCACCAGCACCUGGCAAGGAAGAUAAUGAAGGACAUCAUGGGAGACCCACGGAUAAAUAAUUACAACUUCUUCUCUAAAGUCGGCAUCUCCUCUUCUUUCUCAGGACCUCUGGCAGUCACCCAGGACCUGACCUCCACUUUCGGGCUGGACCUGCUGUUUUUGGAGGGUGGAUUCCUGAGGAAGAGCGUCUCCGACUUCUCCCUGCUCAGCCACGGCCGGCGGCUUCGUGCAGCUCAGGUCACCUUUGAGGCACAAGGGAUGGAGUCGAUGAUGGGAGAGAGCCUCUCGGGAGGGGAGGAGCAGCCCGAGCUCAUGGCUGGGAUGUCGGCCACCUUCUUCGACGUCCAGCUGCGGCCGGUCGUCUUCUUCCAGGGGUACACAGACCUGAUGGCCAAGGUCCUGCUGAGCAGUGGAGAGCCCACCAGCGUGGUCAGAGGGAACCUCCUGCUGAUGGACCACCACCAGGUCAUUCCUCUGCAGUCUGGCCUCCAAGUGACCGUCAAACUCCAGGGUGGGCUGGGGCUGGACAUUUCAGCUGACAUGGACGUGAGCAUUUGGGAGCAGGAGCUGAAAACCAGCGUCAAUGCCAGGGGAAGCCUUGCCAUGGAUUUCCAGGCAGAACUAGACUCCCCUUUCCUCCAAGCCACCCUGAGGAGCCAGACAGAGGUGGAGACCUCCAUCCACUUCGACACCAAGCUGAGGUUUUCCAGCAGCCCCGUGCUCAUGUGCCUGCAGCUGAGAGAGGAACAGGUCCCAUACAGAGAAGUCCUGACAGUUUCCCAGGCUGCCGGCAGCCAGAGCAGCGCCGCUCGCAAAGGCCGGCGUGGCACCGUGCCUGGCAGGGAAUUUGCCUUGCACCAAACCAAUUCCAAGCUCUGCAACCUCCUGCUGGCUGCAGAAAAUGAAUGAGGAGUCAGAACGCUUUGGGAUUCUCCUCCACAACCACCUCUGAAUGAGAAAAAUGCUGCGAUAAGGACAUCAGAAGGGAGCACAGGAGGAGCUGCUGAAGAACAGACACACCCCCGCCUCCAAACCUGCCCUCACACCCCAAAGGCUGAGAUUUCCCUCUCCUGGACUCCUCCCCUUCAUGGGGAAAGGCCUUGCUGGAAGCCAAGCUUUUCCUUGUGAAAAAGAGACUUAUUUUGCAAGUGGAUGAGUUUCUCAGAGCCCAAGAAACCCUCCUGGAGGACUGCAUCCCAAAAUGUUUUGUUUUCUCCCUGUUUAUCAAAGCUGUCAGGAGGGGGACACAUCUGCAGCCAGCUGGAAGUCUCCAGUGAGGGGAAUAAAUGACUUUCCUUGGUUGGGAGGUUGGCCUCCCAAGCUGGAUUGUUAUCAUCCACCACCACCUCCAACACUGGAGGGAGGCUGGUGAGGAAAAAGCAGCAUUUCUCCAUUCCUUCCUGAUAAUAAUGUAAUAAUGCCUUGGAAGUAUUUUUAGACCUUUUUGUGUGUUUGUGUUACAAAACAAGCCUUUUAGGAAAGAAAAGAGGGAUAUGGAGUAUAGUUUUUGGGUUUUUUUAAUUAUGAGCCUCAAAUAUUAGCACUGCGUCCUGGUUCAGUGGAGCAGACUUGCCUGAUUUUCCAUCUGGGGACACGAAUUACAAGCACCUUAGUUAUGUACAGAAAUAAAUGCCCUGUAUUUUCA